UGGGUGAAUUUAAAAAAGCAUGGUUUUGACUGUGGGUCAAUUAACAUUAUUUUAAAUUCUGAUCCAAUUCUUCUUUCCUCACCUCAAAUUCUGAUCUUAGUUAGUAUAUAUUUCUUUCUCAAUUGGUGGUGUAUUUUCUCCUUCUUAUCUAAGCAAUCUUAAAUUCUUGGAUUCUCAUCAUGUGAAAAAUAUAUAAAUUGAUUUUGGGGAGGGAGGGCUGGAGUUGGAGUUUGAAAAGUGUUUUUGGGCGCUGAUAAUGUCUUCUUCACAUCGGCAUCGCGAUUCAGACCCACUAUACCAAUCUUUCAUCUUCUCUGUACCAAUCUUCUUCACUUUCAUCCUUCUCCUCUUCUUCUAUUGCUGCUAUCUUCGCCUACGUCGGAGGCUUGAUUGGUCGUCGCUACGAAUCACAACUCCGUCUAUCUCCAGGUCUGAACUGGGCUUGAAGAAAGAACUGAGAGAGAUGCUACCCAUUAUUGUAUUCAGAGAGAGCUUCUCCGUCAGAGAUUCCCAUUGAUGAUACUCACACACCCACCCUCUCAAGGUGCAGCAAGAGGAGUUGAACCUUAGAUCUGAUGCUUCCAGAUGGAACACCUAUUUAUCGUUGACAAUAGCGAAACAAAGAUGUGGUAAUUUCUGAGCACUGGCUCCCUCGCUUUAAUCAUUUCCCUUCCCUUCCCAUAUAUAUUCCUUGCCUAUGUGUUUAUGCAUAUAUAUUCGGGUACUGUAUGUUAAUCAUAAAUUAGUUGGUUUUGGUUAACAGGAAGCACAAAUUUUAGAAGCAAAAUCGCAUCUCUAGAAGUUAAAAUUAUAGAAUUUUGAUUUGAACUUGAUGCAGAGGAGAUUCAAUUUUCUCAUAUAAAUCUUGCAUUUGUUUCUAGCCAAAUGAAAUGUAGAGUUGCCGCCAAUGACAAACAACCAACAAUGAAGAUAAGCUUGCUUUUCAAAUGGAAGUUGCACCAGUUCAAUAUGACAUUUAGUUUAUUAGGAGGCCAAGACAUUCAAAGAACAAAAAUGUGCAUGGUGCCUUUGAUUGCAAUCCAAAUGAUAAAUGAGAAUUUAGAUAAUAACCAUUCUGCCAUACUUUUACACCACCUGUCAGAUAGAUUACCACCAUUCCACAAGAAUUUCCUGACAAUGCCUUUAAAAUCUCCAAUGACCAUGAAACUAAAACAGCCUACCAACAAAAAAAGGUUUUAUUUUUCCUUUAUUAUUAUUUUUUUAACCUUGACAAGAAACUCACAUACCCAGUUUGCCUUUAUGGGGAUUUGAACCAUCAACCUUCUGUUUUAGAAGGUAGGAAGUACCACUAGACUACAACCUUUGUGGUGCAUUCUUAGUAAUUCUAUCAACCAAAAAAAUUCAAUCAAUGUUCAUCAGGUGAUUCUGGUUGUGACAAGUGGAACCCCAAGAUACUUAAUACUAAGAGUAGAAGCUGAAAAUUUGAAAAUUUUAAAGAAGUUAAGGCCUUGCUUGGAUUGCAUUUUUUAAAACUGUUUUCAACAAUUUUCAGAGAAUGAGAACAGAGAACAGUUUUCAGUUUUUUCAGAUUAUAAACUUGCUUGGUUAAGAGAAUUUACAAAACAGUUUCCGAAAAACAAAAAUUCAUAAAACUACUUGGUUGUAGUUUUCUGAACUAAGAAAAAAAAAAAAAUUUAAUAUUGUACCUCACUCUUUUAUUUAAUACAUUUUAGCUAGCAUUCUUAAUUUAAUAAAUGUUGUACAAAUAUA